AUGAAGUUGCAAAAUAAAUUAGCCGAUUUUAAAGAAGAGAAAGUUAAUUUGUCAACAAGAAAGCUAACAUCUGCUAAAAUCAAAGACAUACUUGACAAAUACGUUAAUAAUGGUAAAAACUUUCUCAGAUCACUCUCCAACUCUGAAAAUAUCCCUAAUGAUACAGUAGAUAUAUCAACAUAUUUGAAAUUUGUGAGUCGAACAGCUGGGAAAGGCAAAACAACGUUUGCUCGACGUGCUUAUGAAAAUGAAGACAAAUAUCAUGGAGUAGUGAGACCUGAAAUUGCAGUUGCAUUCACUAUAGAUGAGUUUAAAGAGGAACCCGAGGUUGUAUUUGGAUUAAGAUUACUUUAUGAGGCAAUGAAAUAUAAGCUUAAAAAAACUGAAAUUUCAACUUAUGAGAAUUUUUGUGAAAAAUUUAAGGGACAUUUUAUUGCCCUUAACGAAAUUCUUGAUAUUAUUCUUUCUUACUUUCCAAAUGUAGAUAACAACUCGGACCUACCUCUUAUAAUCAUCAAUAUUGAUGAAACAAACUCAAUAUUUGAACGAAAUAGAGACAUAUUUCUUAAAGAAGUUGUCAAAUCACUCUCAGAUAUGAUUUUUCGACAUUACUUUAUCUUUCCUGUUCUAACCGGAACCCACGCAAGCAGUCUAUUUAGUACUGUUAAAUCAACAAAUGCCAAAUUUGAAGAAAUUUAUUUACCUUUACUAAAGACUAAUUAUGCCAAGGAAGUUAUUCUUGAAUUAGCAAAUCGUGAACAGAAUAAAGAUUCAGCGGAAUGUAUUUUGGAACUCUCUGUUUAUUUGGAAUAUAUAAUUGAACUACUUGGUGUGGUUGGACGAUUUUUAGAAAUACUGAUAUUUCAGAUGGACGUUAUUGGAUAUGCUGAUAUGAAUCAUCAUCAAUAUUCUACUAUUAAUAAGUUCUAUUAUGCGGGAUUUCGCCAUUUCUUACAAAAAUUGCAGAACAAUCCAAAAUUCUAUGAAAUUCUUAUCAAAAGAACAAAGGAAAUCAUUAAUUCAAAAUAUAAUCAUUACUUUGAUCACUUUAAAAAAGAAGAAAAUACCAAGAUUAUUCCAUUAUUAGUAGCAUAUAGUUUGUUUGAUAUUGGUAUCAGUCAAGUAGAAUCAAUUGGAACAAAAAAAAGCGAGCUUGAACAAGAAGACAUUAUUUUUAUUGAUAAGAAUUUGAAUGGGAAACAUUCAAUAAGCUUCCUUUCUUGA